CCGUGUCUCGGAUGGAGCCGCUUCCCCUCUAACUUCCCCGCUCGCCGCUGCCCGCCUGCAGGCUGGGCGCGGAUCGCCCCCCCCGCGCCCCCCCGGGCGAAGAUGAGCCUUUUGCUGCUUUUAAAACGCUAAAAAAAAAAAAAAAAAAAAAAAGCUAAAUCAACCCCCCCCCCCAAAAAAAAAAAGCGCUUUAUUUUCGAGGGGGAAAACAUUUUUGCUUUUUAUUUGAUCUUUUUAUUUUUUUUUUUUUGUUUUUUUGUUUUUUGUUUUUUUUUUUUUUUUGGAAGUUGGACCCUUUUUAUUUCCUCCUCGGCCCCCCUCCCGCGGGGCCGCCCCCCCCUGCCCGGCCGCCCCCCCCGGGCCCCGCAGAGCCGCGCCGGAGGAGAGAGAGAGAGAAAAACGCCCGGACUGCUCCAGCCUCCGAAAUGACUCAGUAACUUUUACGCCUCGAGUCUCAGCCCUGCAAUUAGCCACUUUCCCAGCACGGCUCGGGAUGUAUUCGUCUCCUCUCUGCCUGACCCAGGAUGAGUUCCACCCCUUCAUCGAGGCGCUGCUCCCCCACGUCCGGGCCUUCGCCUACACCUGGUUCAACCUGCAGGCCCGCAAGCGCAAGUACUUCAAGAAGCACGAGAAGAGGAUGACGAAGGACGAGGAGAGGGCGGUGAAGGACGAGCUGCUGAGCGAGAAGCCCGAGGUCAAGCAGAAGUGGGCCUCGCGCCUCCUGGCCAAGCUGCGCAAGGACAUCCGGCCCGAGUGCCGCGAGGACUUCGUGCUCUCCAUCACGGGCAAGAAGCCCUCGUGCUGCGUCCUCUCCAACCCCGACCAGAAGGGCAAGAUGCGCCGCAUCGACUGCCUGCGGCAGGCGGACAAGGUGUGGCGGCUUGACCUCGUCAUGGUCAUCCUCUUCAAAGGGAUCCCGCUGGAGAGCACGGACGGCGAGCGCCUGGUCAAGUCGGGCCAGUGCACCAAUCCCAUCCUCUGCGUCCAGCCCCACCACAUCAGCGUCUCCGUCAAGGAGCUCGACCUCUACCUGGCCUACUUCGUCCGCGAGAGAGAUUCCGAGCAGAGCAGCAGCCCCCGGACGGGCAUCGGCUCGGACCAGGAGGACAGCAAGCCCAUCACGCUGGACUCGACAGACUUCCAGGAAAGCUUCGUGACCUCGGGGGUGUUCAGCGUCACCGAGCUCAUCCAGGUGUCCCGAACACCGGUGGUGACAGGCACGGGGCCAAAUUUCUCCUUGGGGGAGCUGCAGGGCCACCUGGCCUACGACCUGAACCCCUCCAGCACGGGCAUGAGGAGGACGCUGCCCAGCACCUCCUCCAGCGGGAGCAAACGGCACAAGUCGGGCUCCAUGGAGGACGACAUCGACACGAGCCCCGGGGGCGAGUACUACACCUCCUCCAACUCUCCCACGAGUAGCAGCCGCAACUGGACAGAAGACAUGGAAGGGGGCAUCUCCCCCACCGUGAAGAAGACGGAGAUGGACAAGUCGCCCUUCAACAGCCCGUCGCCCCAGGACUCCUCGCCCCGGCUGAGCAGCUUCACGCAGCACCACCGUCCCGUCAUCGCGGUGCACAGCGGUAUCGCUCGCAGCCCGCACCCUUCGUCCACGCUGCAUUUCCCCACCACCUCGAUUCUCCCCCAGACGGCCUCCACCUACUUCCCCCACACGGCCAUACGGUACCCGCCUCAUCUCAACCCGCAGGACCCCCUGAAAGAUCUCGUCUCGCUGGCCUGCGACCCGUCCAACCAGCAGCCCGGACCGUUAAAUGGAAGUGGUCAAGUGAAAGUGCCCAGCCACUACCUGCCCACGCAGAUGCUGGCGCCGCCACCUCCCCCCGGCAUGCCCCGGUUGGCCGUCUCUCCUGACACCAAAUCCACCACGACAACUUCGGAGGGAGGGACGACCUCACCGACGUCACCCACCUACUCUGCACCAGGCACGCCCCCUGCGAACCGUUCCUUCGUGGGAUUAGGACCAAGGGAUCCUGGGAGUAUCUAUCAGGCACAGUCCUGGUACCUGGGAUAACGCAGCCGUGCCACCCCUUCGCCUCCCUUCUCCUCUGCUUUAGGCACCCUGAGAGGAAAAUCCCCGUCCCAGAGCACCAGGCCCAGCCUUUCGGUGACGACGGAGAGCACGAACUAACGACGACGACGACAAGCAAAACCCAUCCAGGAAGGAAAGAGAGAGGGAAAGGAAGAAGGAAAAGGUUCAAACUUUUUUAAAAAGGAAAAAAAAAAAAAAAACAACAACAACAACCCACACACAGAAAAAAAAAAAAACAAAAACAAAAAACAAAAAAAACACCCUACAAGGACCUUCCCCCCCCCCCGGCGACGCAUCCACAUCCGAUUUGCCAGAAAAACAAACAAAAACCGAACACUAUUUGCCCCGCCGGCCGGCCCCGCGGCGAGACCGAGCCCGAGACCCGACGCAGCUCGUGACAGCGAUGCUCCCGGAGCAGCAGCGGGGCCGCAGCCCCGCUCGCCAGAGGGCUGUUUAUGCAAAGUUGUCUUUACUCUUUCAUUCUUGCCUCUAUGUGAGUAGAAAAGAACAAACCCCCCCGCGCUGCCCUCCUCCCCCCCGGGACCCCCAUGCAGGCUCUCGGGGGGCCGGGGGGGUGGCGGUGGCCCUCGGGUGAACGCGUCCUGACGGCGCCUGCGGGACGUGGCCGCGGCCGCGCUCACUGUCUUGUGGCUCCCGGUCCGAUGCUCCGUGCCGUGGUCGCGCCUUGGGGACGGGUGAUGCGGUGACGGGGUGACGCGGUGACACGGUGACGCGGUGACACGGGGACGCGGUGAUGCAGUGGCGUGGUGGUGCGGUGGCGUGGUGACACGGUGAUGCGGUAACGCGGUGGCCAGCGUGGCCUGGCAGGAGGUCUUGCAGGAGAGGGGCUGGGGACAGGGGGACACAUGGGCAGGGCUGGGGACCUGUGCCGGCGGUGGCGCCCCGUUACCCACGGGGACACGGCGUGGGGACGCUCCCCCCGUGGUGUGACACCGGUCACCCGUCUUUGUGCAAUGCCUUCGUCGCUCCCCACAGCCUGUGUCCCCGCGUGUCCCCACGCAUCCCUGUGUGUCCCAAUGUGUCCCCACGUGUCCCCGUGUGUCCUUGUGUGUCCCGGUGCCUGGGGGGGGGGGGCGGGGCUGUGCCGGGGUGUGCGUCCGUGUGUCCAAGCUAUGCAUUCCUGUGGACAGGUACCAUGUGGACUUGCGACGAGAGGGUUCGAUUGUGUUGCACAUUUUGUAGGAAAUGCACUUUUAAGAGGGAAUCUUAAAAAAAAAAAAAAAAAGAAAGAAAGAAAACA